CAGCGUCUGUGCAAGGGGUGGUGACAGCGUACUACAUCCCAGUGUUUUCGGUCUCAAAGAAGGAAUACAAAACAUACGUGUUUUAUUGGGAGAUUCAACACUAAGGAGGCAUUGUAUCUCGCCAAAAUGAUGGAGAUUGAAUUGCCCAAAUUAAACUCAAGUCAACAGGACAUGGACAUGAUCGACAUCCUGUGGAAGCAGGACAUAGAUCUGGGGGCGGGCCGCGAGGUCUUUGACGUCAGCUACCGGCAGAAGGAGCACGAGCUGCAGAAGCAGCGCGAGCUGGAGGAGGAGAAGCGCCAGCAGAUGCUCCUGGAGCAGGAGAAGGCCCUGCUGGCCCAGCUGCAGCUCGACGAGGAGACGGGCGAGUUCGUCCCCCGCGCCGUGCCCAGCGGACAGCCACAGCCUGCCACAGACACGCCCUCAGAGAAUGUUGCCUUCACUGUGGAUGGAGAAGCCAUGUCCUUCGAUGAGUGCAUGGAACUGUUAGCACAGACAUUCCCGCUGGUCGAGGCAAGUGAGACUGCCGCCCCUUGCCUGGGCACUUCCACACCACCCACAGCCAACAGUCAACUCCUGAUGGCUCCAGAGCAGCCACCUCUUAUCCAGACUCCACUGCUGCCCCCCACACAGAAAACAUGGCCAGACCUGGACCAGGCCUGGAUGGAGCUGCUCUCCAUCCCUGAACUAGAGCAGUGCCUGAACAUACAAAUGCCGGAGCCCAGUAAUUACUUGAGCACAACUCCAGCUCCAGAGGCACAAGAUCCGAGCUAUGGCCUCUUCAUGCCGGGGCUCCCAGAUGCCGUGGUGGCCCAGCCCAAGUGCCCGCCUGAGUACAUGGGCAACUUUGAUGUCAGCUUCCCUGGCGCCGCCACUGGCCCGACCAACCUCCUGAGUCAGAUGUCGCUCAAAGCCCCCGACACCGUGGUGAGUGGCAACCCAGAUGAGUUCUGUGAUAUAUAUUACCCCGACCUGCUGAGCACAUCCAAAGCCACGGAGACCCCCGAGCCCUGCAGCACAGUGGGCAUAGCCUGCCAGGUCACAGAAACCCCAAGCAGCUCGCCGCUCGAACCUUUAGACAUGCGGGAAUUCUCAGCCGGAGAUCCCAUCAUGAGCAAGAGUGAGAUGAUCAUGGAAUUCCCAGAUUCCGACUCUGGCUUGUCCCUGGAUGCCAGCCCCAACAUAAGCUCUCCGGAGAAGUCCGUGUUUGGGGACGGCUCGCUGGGCUUCAGCGACUCCGACAUGGACGACUCGGACAGCCCAGGAAGUGAGUCCGACUACUCGGAGAUGUUCUCCUUGCCCUUUAGCACCAACAGUCCCUCAGGCACCACCAGCACCAACACCCCGAUGAGCCAGCGAAAGAACCGGAAGUCCAAGCAUGCCAAAAAUGACCUGGCGGAAGCGAGCGUCCACGGCAAGCCGCCCUUCACCAAGGACAAAGCCAAACGGCGCUCGGAGUCCCGGCUGUCCCGCGACGAGCAGCGGGCCAAAGUCCUCCAGAUCCCCUUCACCGUGGACAUGAUCAUCAACCUGCCCGUGGACGACUUCAACGAGAUGAUGUCCAAGCACCAGCUCAACGAGCCCCAGCUGGCCCUGGUCCGCGACAUCCGCCGGCGCGGCAAGAACAAGGUGGCGGCGCAGAACUGCCGCAAGCGCAAGAUGGAGAACAUCGUGGGGCUGGAGUGCGACCUGGACUCGCUGAAGGAGGAGCGCGAGCGGCUGCUGCGGGAGAAGAUGGAGAACAACAGCAGCCUGCGGCAGAUGAAGCAGCAGCUCAACACCCUCUACCUGGAGGUGUUCGGCAUGCUGCGGGACGAGCAGGGCAGGCCCUACUCCCCCGCCGACUACUCACUGCAGCAGACCUCUGACGGGAACGUCUUCCUCGUCCCCAGGGUCAAAAAGACACUCAUCAAGAGUGAUGGCUAGCACUUAUUACCCCUCCUCUCCCCUCCACCAAAUCUCUUCUUUUCCCUUUCUUGCGGUACUGCAUUACUCUAGCUAUGUACUAUGCAAAGAUAACUUUAUAGUUGAAAUUUUGCUUAUGCGUAAAAAUACCAAACAGAAAAAAAUAGCAGAACUAUUAUAUAGUUUUUGCUUAUUCUACUCUUAAUAUUUUUAAUAUCUAUUGUUGUUUUUUACUUCUUUAUAUUUCUCCCCUUAAGAUUCUUUUAUCUGUAUGGUUUGUAAAUACAUUUAUACUUUGUUUGCUAUUGGAAUAUGACUCUGUACUGUAUAUACCACAUUUUAGUAUGCUAAUAAUUUUGUUGCAAUCACUGGCACUUAAGUCUGUUUUAUAUCUUAAUUUACAGUUCUAUGGCAAUUUUAUCUCUGUGCUUUAUAAAAAAUAAACUAUUCAGUUAAUCAGGCUA